GACCUUCACGCAAUGGCUCGCCUUUGGUACAUGUGGAGCACCGCCGUGCUUUUGGCCGCCGCUAGUGGUCUUCAUGCGCCUUUCCUUCCCCGAGAGCGCCGCCAAAUCACCAACAGCUUUGAUUUGGACCUGCCGGUGGAGGACCUGUGCAAGAACAAGGCCAGCAACGAGUUCUUCCGUCUGCCCGACACCAACGACUGCAGGGACGUGUUCAGGUGUGACCGCAGCGGGCGCAGCGGUCCCAUUAGGCUGGCGGCCAUCCGCUGCCCAACACAGCUCGCCUUUGAUGUGGACCGCCAAGUAUGUGACUGGAAGGCAAGGGUCAAGAACUGCGAUAAGCUGGAGAAGCCAACCAAGGUGAAGCCGCUGUUCAACACGGACACGCCACUCUGCCCAGAGGGUCAGCUGGCCUGCGGGAAUGGCGUCUGCCUCUCGCAAGCCUCCUUCUGUGACGGCAUUUUUGACUGCGAGGACAACUCUGACGAGAAUGCUUGCAGCGUGGAGGAGGACCCCAACCGCGCCCCGGUGUGUGACAACAAGCAGUGUGUCUUGCCGGACUGCUUCUGCUCCGCGGACGGCACGCGCAUCCCGGGGAACCUGGAGCCCUCCAAUACGCCUCAAAUGAUCACCAUCACCUUCUCCGGCGCCGUUAACGUGGACAACGUCGACCUUUACCAAGACCUUUUUAAUGACGAGAGUAAGAACCCGAACGGCUGCCAGACGAAGGCCACGUUCUUUGUCUCCCACAGGUACACCAACUACUCCGCCGUGCAGGAGCUGCACCGCAAGGGUCACGAGAUCGGCGUUUUCUCCAUCAGCAACCGCGAGAGUCCCGACUACUGGACGCACGGCACCUACGACGACUGGCUGACGGAGAUGGCCGGGGCGAGACUCAUCCUGGAGCGCUACGCCAACGUCAGCGACAACUCCAUCAUCGGGGUGCGCGCCCCCUACCUGCGGGUGGGCGGAAACACACAGUUCGAAAUGAUGACAGACCAACUCUUCAUCUAUGACUCCUCCAUCACCGCGUCCCUCAGCAAGGUGCCGCUGUGGCCCUACACCCUCUACUUCCGCAUGCCGCACAAGUGUCACGGCAACGCCCAGAACUGCCCCUCGCGCUCCCACCCGGUUUGGGAAAUGGUCAUGAACGAGCUGGAUCGACGCGACGACCCUAAAUUCGACGAGACCUUACCCGGCUGCCACUUCGUCAGCUCCUGCACCAACAUCCGCACCGGCGAGCAGUUCGAGCAUUUCCUGGAACACAACUUCCAGCGUCAUUACCUAACCAACCGCGCACCUCUCGGCCUCCACUUCCACGCCGCCUGGCUGGAGAGUAACAAAGACUACAAGAAAAUUCUCAUCAAUUUCAUCAAAGAAAAGACGUCCCAGAACGACGUUUACUUCGUAACGAUGCUGCAGGUGAUCCAGUGGAUGCAGAGCCCCACGGAGUCCACGGCCAUUAGGGACUUCCCGGAGUGGAAGGAGAAGUGUGACGUGAAGGGUCUGCCUUACUGCUCGCUGCCCAACACGUGUUCCCUCACCAGCCGGGAGCUGCGCGGCGAGACCCUCAAUCUGUACACCUGCAUGCAGUGCCCCCGCGAGUACCCGUGGCUGCUCGACCCCACCGGCGACGGCCUCGAACUCGUGUGAGUCUUAAGAACACCGCAAAGACUUUUAUGAUGAUUAACGAGAAACUGGAAUGCGUUACGAACAGCGGCAAGUAACGUCGAUGUAACGCCAGCAGAAGUGAACAGCAAAUUUGAAAGAAAAACUUAAGAAAUGGUAUUAGUUGUUCUUUUUUGCACCAACACGAGAAAAUAAAAACUCCCUUCAGAGGCAUGAUAAAGAGAGCGGCCACCAAAGAGCACCAAGCCUGACCCCCUGGGCUGCCUGGUUGGCGUGAGGGACACCCCGCCCACCGUCCGGCUGGUCCGACCCGCAAUCUAGUCCCGUUCACCCCCAGCAGCGCCAGUGUUCCUCAAGAUGUCGUUUCCUCUCCCCUCCUCCUCAGCCCCUAAUACCACGCCCCCUCCUCACGACCCCUACCCCAAGAUAUCGUGACCUCUCAAACUGUGCGUCCCUUCCUCGGCUCCCAACACACCAAGACCUUGAUCCAUUUUCUAGGACUCAAAUUCAUCAACCAGUAUCCACCCCCCCCAGUGCUUCUGAUCAUCAACCCAGUGCCUCUAACUCUUGAUUAGGACGACGUUUCGGCUCCCCCUUCCCGCCUGUUUAUGCCCCUAGAAACUUACUGCCCUCAGAAGACUCACUUACAAUUACUCGCCUCCCCUUCCCGCACCAUAGCCUUCCCUCCACGCGCCCCCCUUCCUUCCUUCAGACAAAACCACACUAACUCACGGGUCAAAUUGUGCAUCAUUACUUUUCGUUUUGGUGUGUCAUCGAAACACUUCACGCGAUGGCUCAAAGAAAAGAUGUUAGAGUUGAGAUUAUGUCUUUCCGGAUCCUCGCUUCCUCUUUGUCUCCCUCCCUCGCUUCUUUCUUCAUUCCCCUCUUGCCUCCCUCCACUUGCGUUUUCUCACGGCCAGAAAAAAAAAGGUGUUUCAUUGUCUUUCUAAAGGUCGAUUUUCUGAACGUAACUCCCGAAGGCCCGGUCAUGGAUCACACGCACACACACACACACACACACACACACACACACACACACACACACACCUCCCCGUCACCAUAGUAGAAUAAACAAACUCAUAAGCGAUUCUGUGAGGGAAAGAGAAGAACGUGCUCUCCCUUCCCUUUUCUCUCUCUCUCUCUCUCUCUCUCUCUCUGGCACCUACACGACGAAUCAGACAUCACUGCUUGUAACUUUCAUAGUAUAGAGGGUUAGUUAGGUAUCACUGUUGUAUGAGGUAUGUUAAUCUUAGGUUAUUGUGUGUUUAUACGGUUUCGUGUAUGUUAGUUAUUUUUUGUAUGUUUGAAGUGGGGCUUUUUUUUGCAUCUUUUUUUUCCCCCAUUCAGUUGUCUACAGUAAAAGAAAAAAAAGAGUAAUGUUAUAAGGUAAGCGUCUUUGUACCGUCUGGAGUUUGUUCGUUACGGCACAGGCUCUGAAUGUCAGCGGCGGGGUUGGUAUGUACGUUAGGUUGGUAGCGUUACUGUUAUGUUCGUGGUAAUAGUUCAACGUCGUGCUCUUCGGAAAGUGUUUGAAAUAAGUAUUGACGACACGUAUAUAUAUUUUUUUUUCAUUUCCAUCGAUUUUCAUCAGCAAGACACUCCCCAGGCAUUUCCUUCCACUGGUGUCUCAACCUUGUGUGUAUUUCAGGAUAUUUUUUCUGUAUAUUAUUUUUUGUACGUGAACCAAAAGAUUUCUGAAAGCCAA